AUGGCAUUCAGCACAGUUGCGUCGGUUGCAGGCCCUCCUAUCAGAUUCGUGUUGGGUCCUUGGCCUGCUGCUAGAAGCAAAGAACCAAACCGGUUCUCAGGGCUUCAGCAUCCUCUUUUGGGUUCGUGGUUGGCAACUGCUGCUGCCGUGGCCAUCCGGAGCCACUCGCGGCCACAGCAUGUACCACCUUCAAGGCGUGAACGCAUGCUUUCGCGCCCCGAAACGACAUACAGUCGGAAGACGGGUAGGGGUAAGCGGUCGAGCGGCUUCUUCUUGGCAUCUCCCACACACCCCAAGAACAGUACCCCAGUCCGACGGUCUCCGCAUGCUUCCGGACUGCGCGAUAGGCUGAAGCAGUGCCACGCAUCACAGCAGCUUCUGGAUUUGCUGCAUGAUGCCUGCAUGGCUGGCAGUGCAGAUAUAAGCGUAUUCAGUGCAGCUGUGCAGCGAUGCGGCCAGAGGCACUGGUGGGGCCCUUUGCAACGCGUCCUGGACUUGCAGCAAAAGCAGACUAGAGAGAUAAAGCCUGAUAUCGUGCACGUCUCCUCUGUGCUGCAUUCCCUGGCGACAUGCCUCCGUCAGAAAGGAAGAUUUGCCGUGGUCCCGGCUCGUGCUCAAAAGGCGCUCGAGGUCGGACGAAAAGCUUUCGACGAGGGAAAGAAUGUGGUGACGACGGAUCAUGACUUUAAUAUUUUGUUGUCAAGCACAUUCAAGCUUUGCUAUCAGAUUGCGGAUGCGAGCUCCAGGGAGUGGGCACUGGAGGCUUGGGAAUGGUCCUCGAAGCAGGCAUUCGCAAAGGACAGGCUGACCUGGCAAGCAUAUCUUUCACUUUCUGAACACUACGGUGACGUUCGCUUGGUCGAUAAGCUAUUGACGCAAGGUCAGUCAGAGGGGGCUUCCUGGGUCAGAGAUCCUGUCGCUCUUGGAAGCUUGCUUAAUGCAGCAGCAAAUCGCAGCGAUGCCGCGCGUGCACGUGAAAUUUGGGAUACCUUCCGCUUGACUGGUCUACGGCCGAAUAUGAUCUGCUACGCGGCCUACUCAAAGGCUCACAUGCUUGCAGGAAUCCCCAGCAAGGCUGUUGAUAUACUCGAGGAGAUGGAGAGGGAAAAUGUCGCGGACAUGAACUCCAAGCUCGUCGUCGACUGUGGUCAGUGUUUGCUGAUCAUGUAUCACUCCUCACCGUCUGAAUUAAAGCAACAGCGGUUGUUGAAGUUUCUUGCACGUGGGGACAAGAUCAUAGAAGCAGAUGAGCGAGGAAACGCCAAGAAUGAGUGGAGAAAGAUAAAGAAGACUGCAAACCAUCUUUUGGCCGAUGCAACUGCACUGAAGUUGCAGGACGUGCUGUGUGAGUGGAAGGCGCGGACCGCUAGCCUGAUGAAAGACUGGGAGAAUUUCGAUGCUGGUACAGAAUACUUGAAGAAGACGAUGCGAGAUCGCUGA